AUGCGUGAAAUAAACUCGAGUCAGCAUCACGUUUUCGUGCCGCUUUGUAGCACUCUUAAUGCAGUAAAAUUCAUUUCAGAGGUGGAAACGCCUGUAGGUGAGAAUUUUUUUCAAUUCAACUGCCAGUAGAUUUUAAAUUUGUCACAUUACCCGCACCUCCCUUUUACCCGCAGUGGCGCGCGUUUAACGAAAAAUCAACAGAUUACCCGCGGGUAAACGGCCGGAAAUUACGGUAAAUCUUUCAUCAGAGAAUAUUGACUCAGAUGAUGACCCCUCAGCAGUAUGGGAGGAAAGAGAUGACCCUGUCCCAGCUGUACCUGGAACAUCAUGUGCCCCUUCUAAUGACCACCAUGCAGAAAGAGUCAUCCUGUCCCAGCUGUACCUGGAACUCCACGUCUCAUCUAUUUUCCUUCAUCACGCACAUUAUGACAAUUAUGUUGACCUUAUUGAUGAAGAUCAAGACCCAAAUUUCCCUACAGCCAUAGAAGCAAGUUUAUUAGAUAAACAGACAGCCACCUCAAGUGAUGCAAGUGACCCUGAACUACAACCAAGAGAUCCAUGGUUUUCCCAUGAUCUUAAUCAGCUGAGUGGCCAGAAGAAUGCAUUAGCUGGAAAGUUGGUUGCUUGGAGUGUCUUGCAAGGCAAUAAUGGUCCCUGAUGCUUUUCGUCAGAGGGCUACAAAACUUGCAGGGGUGCAACCUUUGACCAAGCACUGGCUAUUGAGGAGGUUGCUGAUGCACAGAUGAAGGAGAUAUUGAGAGCUACAGCAGCAUGUUGCUCUGAAGAAAAGUUUGCUGAAGCAUGCAGAUCAGAUUGCAGAUCAGAUUGCUCAGUACAGUUACUCCAAGAUAUUCACUGUCAAUUUAGCUCACAGGAAAGAAGUAGUAGACUUUGUUGA